AUGCCGAGGUCCUCGGGGGACUGUCUACCAUUCUGGCCCAGCAACAUCCCUUUUAAGUAUGCGAGGAAUCGACUGCCUGACGGCUGGGAUUAUCGAAAGUGGUUGAAGACAAAGCUUUCAGGGCCAUCUUCGGGUUCGUUCCAGGUGCAGAUUAUUAUCGAUCCUGCUACAGAUGGCGACCGGCACGCCACUGUCACCGAAAAGGCCGUCGGCGAGUUGUCAACAAAAACUACAAGACGGCGCGGCCAUAAUGGUGGAGCCAUCCGCCGGAAAGGCCGUCUGUCCACUUUCAACACGGGGGUUUAUGCGGUCGUCUCCAUUGAGAACUUGAGAUUGGUCAUUGUUGUGCAUCAUCGUCAUGGCCAACGAUCAGUAUUGGCGGUCUGCACGUUGGCCAUUCUCCUUCGUACCCCUGCGCAAGGAAGCGGUAAAUUUAAGCUUAACCACCUUUGCCGCCGUAAUAGUGAUCUGCGACACUCGAUAGACAUUCUCGUAGACUGGUGCAGACCGGAUUCGUGGGGUAAGGUUAUCAUCUGGAACAUCUUUGAAUCCAAGGCCGCACCUGGCGUCUAA